AUGACUGCUGGUAUUACACAACCUCCGUACCCCCUCCACGAGUCGGUCAAAGACCUGCUGGACCCCGAGUAUGUCGCAUUCUACAACGAGCAUGUCAUCAACAAUCAACAAGUGCACCUCCAACCCGUGGAGGCGUCCCGGACCAGUGGUAUUUUGAUUCCUGGUGCAGGCCCAAUGUUGGAGGUCGGCAAGAUCCAGGAUAUCUCUGUUCCACGCCAGGCGACCGAGGGCCCCGCAGUGCCCAUCCGCGCUUUCACUCCCAAGGGCCAUGCACCUCCCAGUGGAUGGCCUGUGAUGCUAUAUUUCCACGGAGGUGGCUGGGUCCUGGGCAACAUCGACACCGAGAACGUGGUGUGCUCCAAUCUCUGUGUGCGCGGCAAUUGCGUCGUAGUCACUGUCGACUAUCGUCUUGCCCCCGAGAAUCGCUGGCCCGCCGCUGUGCACGAUAGCUGGGAGGCUUUGCUCUGGCUACUUGCCAACGGUCCCACACUGUCGGUGGACGUGUCCAAAAUCGCAACUGGGGGGUCGUCCGCUGGCGGUAACCUUGCCUCGAUUAUGACGCAAAAGGCGCUCACGCUGUCACCGCCAGUUCACUUCCGAGCCCAGCUGCUCUCUGUUCCCGUCACCGAUAACACUGCCUCGGUCGAGAACAAUGAGUCCUAUCAGCGGUACGAGCACACCCCCGCCCUUCCGGCCCGCAAAAUGUACUGGUAUCGGGAUCACUAUGUGCCCAACGCGUCCGACCGCACCCACCCGGAGGCCAGUCCGCUGUUCUGGCAGGGCGAUUACUCGCAACUGCCGCCUGCGCUCGUCAUGGUCGGGGCGUGUGACGUUCUUCGCACGGAGGGUGAACAGUAUGCCGAGAAAUUGCAGAAGGCCGGUGUGGCUGUCGAUUUACAGGUGAUGAAGGGCAUGCCGCAUCCCUUCCUUGCUAUGGAUGGGGCGUUGUCUGAGGGUAAAAGAUGCAUCACUCUGAUGUGCGAUGCGCUGCAAAAGGCAUUUUGGGCUUGA